GUUGUUGCUCUGGUCGUGUGACUGACAAGUCUAUGGACCGCCACACUGAAUGGCAGGAUUGUGGUUUUGAGGACGUCCACAUAAAAGGUGACCUAUUGAGUGCUUCCAUUCAGAACACUGCGCAGCCCAGGAACCAUUUAGUCACAUCCGUGGAGUACUCAUUUUUCUUUUUCACAGUAACCCGGCACUGAAACCGACGGCAUCACAUGUCAUAAUUAUUUAUGAGUCUAAACAAGUGCAGGUCUGGAAUGUACGUGCAUUCUAAAACCAUUAGGAGUAGAGGUCUUUGAUUUUGGUGGACGAUAAGCUCGGAAAGUGGACUAUUGUGAUUUGUGUUGGAUUGGAAUAUAGAGCAGAGACUUGUAAGCUCUAUGCUUGGAAUAAUGAAGUUGAAACAUGGCCAUAAAUCAAAGAGACGGGAGAUGGAUGGACAGUUAUUCUGUGAGGAUCAUGCUCCCAAAGACAAAGGCAAGGCCGUCAAUGGGGAGAGCUCACAAGACCUUGACUUCUUUGAGCUGCUUCAGAAAAUACAGAGUGAUCGCUUAGAUGAGCAAAGAUGUUCACUUCCAUUGGUACUACAGAGUACUGGCUCCCCAGCGGCUGCCAAAGAAAGACUCAAGACGAGGAGCUCCAACACCUACAGAAUAAAAGAGCUCCUCAAGAAGAACGGCUCGCAUCCCGCCAUCCUCCAGCCCCACAAUGGCGGCUUCUGGAUCGACGGUCUGGACCUUGACCCCUCGGCCGUCGACAAUGUCACCUCUGACCUUUGUCCCUUUGCCUCGGACCGGCUGGUGCUGGAAUACGACGACACCAGUGAAAUGUACAGGAAGCACUUCUUUGGAAAGGAGCAUAUUAACUACAUAGCCAUGGAUGAAACCAUGGGACCAAUAGUACUAUCCAUCAAACAGGAGACGACAAGCGCUGAAGAGCAGAUCAGAAUAUUACUAAGAUGUCGGAGUGGUACCACCCACGAUCUGCUGCCGUUGUCUACCUUCGGAAACUCUCUUGUGCCGUCCAAACUUGCCAAAGUACUAGAUGAAGCUAUUACCACAGAAAGAUUUCAACCUGUCCUUUUUCCCAAGGCCUCAGACCUCAUCGUGACCUACGAUGAACACAUGUGUGUGAAGAACUUCAAAUUUGGAGUCAUCUACGAGAGAUACGGACAGACAACGGAGGAGGAACUCUUUGGAAACGUCAACACUAGCGAUGCCUUCAAUGAGUUCCUAGAGGUGAUAGGCGAUAAAAUCGAGCUGAAAAACUUCACAGGAUUUCGGGGAGGUCUUGAUGUGCAACACGGACAGACUGGUACACAUUCCAUCUUCACUGAACACCUUGGCAGGGACGUCAUGUUUCAUGUAUCCACGCUACUACCGCACACAGAGGGCGACAAACAACAGUUGCAGCGGAAAAGACACAUAGGAAACGACAUCGUAGCCAUCGUAUUCCAGGAGGAGAACACGCCAUUUGUCCCUGACAUGAUCGCUUCCAACUUCCUUCAUUCCUUCAUCGUGGUGCAAGCUAUCGAGCCAAAUACUGAGAACACGAGAUACAAGGUUGCGGUGACGGCAAGGGAUGAUGUUCCAUUCUACGGUCCGGCCCUCCCCAGUCCGUCCGUCUUCAAGAAGGGUCCAGAAUUCAGAGAGUUCAUACUGACUAAACUUCUCAACGGAGAGAACGCCUGCUACAAGGCUGACAAAUUCAGCACCAUACAGGAGAGGACAAGAGCUGCCCUGCUGGACUCCCUCUACUCGGAGCUCAACACCAAGAACGAGGAGAUCUUCUGCUCCAUCACCUGCCUGGAUUCCUCCACUAGUCUCAGCAUCUUAGCCAAGGGAGACGGCAGCCCCGGAGGCCUCUGGCCUUCCUUCAAGAAGGCCUUCAGAGGACGCAGCCAGUCUGUCGACACCAGCACCAGCCCCAUGCAUAAUAAGCCCAACGGGAACAUGACGUUUGCCGCUGAUAUACCGGAGGAGGGGGAGGCGACUAGUCCAGUACAACCGAAGGGAAACAGAAGCCUGAGGCUUAGCACAAGAAGCACGAGUAGUACCCAGAGUUACGGGAGCAGUGUCGGAGACAAGAAAGAGCCGAAGAGAAAAAGAGACAGCAUGCUCAGUAGGUCCUCUCAUUCCUCCGAGAGCAUCAAUGGCAGUCAAGAAUCCCACAAGUCCUCCUCCAAUUCCCUCAACAGCUCGCCCGAUGUUGCCAACUCGAGAACGAGAAUUUACACGUGUCGAGUGUCGCCCAGUAACUCCCUGGACAGCUUCAACAGCGAUGAUGAGCCUCAUGAACAUGAAGACUCAGACACUGGAAUGGGGAGUAUGUCAUCAGGUUGUAUAUCUAGCAGUAAAGCAAGCCCUCUCAAUCCUUGCCUGUGCCCGGAGGGGAAAUGCACGACAGCAUUGGAAAUCGAAACAAAUUUGUCUCAGCAGUUGGAAAUGAUGAGGUCAGAGAUCAACAAAUUAAAAGCGGAGAAACUUGAUCUUAUCAGAACAAAUGUGAGCUGGCAGCACGACAUCAAGAAGCUCAAGGAGAAGGAGAUCCGCCACAUGCAGGAUCUCUCAGCCGCACAGAGGGAAAUCAGUAAGCUUCGGGAGGUCAAAGACAUCCAGCAGACUGGAUACAUCGAAGCCUUGUCCAGCGUCUAAAGCCAACCGGUGCCAAUUGUAACGGGGCCUGCUGGAACAGAAAUCGGCUAAGCAAAAGAUGUGUGGGUGAUCACCAGACUCUGACUCGUUUUCGUCUGAAUCGUGCUCUGCACAUUAAUUUGUGAAGCAAUGGUUUUGGCUUAGCAAGUCCAGCCGACGACCGCGUAAAUCACUUGGAAUGAGUUUCAAGAAGCUUGGAAAGUCGUCAGGCACAGAAAUGACUAAGCUUCAAAUAAUUACCAGCCAUAAUCUCAUGCAAUGUACAAUGUAUUGCUUCUUGGCACAUAACCUUGCUUGGUGUUCCGUUUAGCUGUGCCAUGAUAUUGAGCCCUGCUUGGAACACCGGGUGCACCACACUGAUCAUCUGCGUCAAAUUCCACCUGCGCACACGCACUUGUUCUGUAAUUCUGGGGACCACACCUGACGAGCGAUAGUUAUUGUGGGGACCAGAGACGCUUUAGGGACUGCAGAUAGUCCCCACAACACGGUCCUAAGUUCCUGAACAGUAAGAAUCUUCCCCACAAUUAAUGCAGUCACGGCUGGAACAGCUGUGCCAGUACUGUCCCUGGAUUUUUUCCUGAGAUUUGUACCUGGGAUUCCCGGCAGACGUUGGGACCUCACGCUUCCACAAGAUCCUGUUUCAUCAUGAACAGUUACCGAUUAGUCAACCGAUGGAGCUGAACUAGCGUGGUUCUCUAAGAGCUGAAUUGCGUUUACAGAAAUGUUGGGGUUAGCGGACUGGAACUUGAAACUACUUGCCAAAACCUUUAUGGGUGUAAAACUGUUUGACAAUCAGAGUACUGACAAAGAGAAGAUGUUAUUUAAGAAUUAACUAAGAAAAUAAUGAAGUCCCUGUGAGUGUGAUUAAAUAUAAAGUGGGUUAUUGCUUAAACAAUGAUCAAUGCAAUGCAAGCACAAUUCUAUUGUUUUGUACAUCCACAAGGAAACACUUGGAAACUUGAUUGUGCAACCGGUAACCAUAAUUUGUUGAAAAUAGCGUUGCUUGUAUGAUGAAUGCUUGUCAGUACAUUUAAGUAAUGUAGGUCUAAAUGUUAAAACAAAGAACAGACUGUGGUCACUGGAGCACCUAUUUUGUUUGCUUUUGAUGAUGUGUUGAUGUGAACUAUUCUAUACUAAGCUAAACUGCGAAGGUAUAACUUACCUGGGUUCCAAACCUUAGCUAUGUCUUGGGCUUCAUCUUCAGAAUAUUUUGGGUCCCUUUCUUGGAGAAAUUCGGCUCAAUGCAGGGUUAUUUUCUUCUUCAAAAACAACACGUCUUGUAAAAUCAGGCUGAACUUUACCAUUUGCCCAUUCUAACUGGAUAAAUGAAGGCCUCAAACAAAUUCUGGAACCAGAGAUACAGCCGAAGCUAAUUUUGUCAACCCCCCCCCCCUCGC